CUUUUUUCUAUAAGCUCAUCAUGUCAGACUCAAGCAAUGAGAACGAAAGAGAAAAGCAAACCAACUUGGGAGCAGCUUGUUUUCGUUGCCGAGGAUUCAGACAUGCUUGUGACAGAGAAAAACCCUCUUGUUCCCGUUGUUAUAGGAGAGGUAUCACCUGUGUCUAUCCGGAAGCAGCACCUACUCUCAAAAAACUUCAAAAAGCAACUGAAACGCUAGGCGACAGGAUAAAGAAAUUUAAUGAAAGACUCAGGUUAACUGAAGACACAAUGAUUUCAACUUAUUCAGAUGAUGAACUAGAAGAAGAAGAACGCCCCAAAAGACGUAUUCGUCGUACCAAAGUAGCAUCCACAAGUAAUUUCUCUGUUUAUCCAUGCAGUAAAUGUUUUAAAGAUCUUCAGCAAUGCGACUUAUCACUACCAAAAUGUAGUCGUUGCGAAGCCAAUAAUUUCGAAUGUCAUUUUAAAAAGACAGAACCAAAAGCCAAUCAUGUGUCUCAAGUCUUAAACACAAUGAAUAAAGUGAUGGAUCAAUGGCAAGAUUCCAUUGACCGUAUGGCCAAGGAUUUUGCUCAAAAGACAAGGGAUUUUUCAGCCAGAGCCAAUAAUUCACUUCGAAUCAAGCCAAUCCAUCAAACGUCAUGGAAAAUCACCACAACAAAAAAGGGCUUGUCAGUAGAAAGCAAUGUUAGCUCUUAUCAUGAUUUUUCGACACUUGUGGACCAAUUCAAACGGUCUUUUACUGUUUCCAAAGACAAACACAAGGAUGAGGAUAAAACACAAGAAGCAAUAUUAGAGUUUGAUGACGCACGCUCUAUUCAUACUUCAUCGAGUUUUGCUGUUUGGAACUCAUGGGCCCAUCCACUCCAUGCUAUGCCACAAGAUUAUCCCAUUGAAAUCACGCAAGAAUUGACAGAUAACUUGAUUGACCUCUAUUGUCGUACACCUUGUUGUUCAUCCAUGCGUCUUCCGAUUAUAGACACGGCUGAAUUUUUAACUCGCUAUAGAGAUCCCGAUGUUUCCAGACGUCCUUCGACUGUACUGAUAUACGCCAUAUGUGCAAUGGCUGCUCGUAAUGCAUUCCAAUUGCAUUUAUGGAGUAAGCGCCCUUCGUUUGAAGCACCACAGUACAAUAUGGGUAAAGCACUCUCUAUUGCUUAUUGUCUUCGUGGCCGUGAACUAUUAUCAGAAUGCUUUGAUGAACCCAGCUACGAAAGCUGUCAAGCUGCUUUCUUGCUUUCUUAUUGCAAUUAUCAAAAUGGCUAUGCAGGCGUUAUUUAUUUCUAUGAAUGGAUAGCCUAUAACAUGGCUCAAGAAUUAGGUCUCUAUGAUCCCAGUCGUACUUUAAAUCGCUAUGAAGCCAUGUUGGUCUGGCAAAUCUAUUAUUGUAAUGCUUGGUACAAAGCUCUACAGGGCGGUGAAAGCUCUAGCCCUGCUGUUCUGAGCCAGUGUAGACCUCAUCUAUCGACUAUUCCACCUACACUCCCUGUACCUAAAUCCGAUGAAGAUGCUGCUGACUAUUACGUAUGGAAUGCCUGGGUUUAUCUGAUUCGACUACAAGUUCUUCGUGAACAAGCUAUGGCCACACUCUUGUAUGGUUCAAGCAAGCGAAGCGAAUCUAUGCUACAAGAUAUUUUCUCGUUGCAAAACUCCCUCAAGACAUUCUAUCAAGAGUUGCCGGAUGAAUGGAAAUCAACAGAUACAGCUUAUUCACCCUGCUGUUCAGAGACUGACGUACAAGAAGAAAACAAACAUUACAGGGUUGACUUGAAGUCAUUUUCGCGGCACUGUAUUGAUAUUGUGCGAUUGCACUACAGUAUUAAUCAAGUCAUUCUCUACCAAGCCUUUAUUCCGAUGCACCGUGUACCCAGUACUCCUGUUUCAAUUCAAAGUUUAGAGACUAGUCUUAAUGCGGCAAACAACAUUACUCAUCUUCUUGAGGUUAUGAUAAACCAAAGACAAGAGUGUUAUGUUCCUUUGGUGGGUUUCUUGUUUGCUAAUGUAGUCUACCGUAAACUUUUGAGCUAUACUACAGACGACCAAUGUUAUGAGACAGGCCGUAUGGGUCUAUUAAGGUCACUUAAAGUCAUCAAGAAUUCCAUCAAUUACAUGUAUGACUUUGAAUUGACACGUAGUUUAGCUAAUGUGAUGGAACAAGAUAUUCAACAUAUUAUUUGUCAACAAGCUACAGCGUUUGAUUCUUCUGUUUCUACCAGUGUUCACUCUCCACCUACACCUUCUUCUCAACAAUACAUGAAUGAAGACAUGUUUGGUAAACCAGACAAUUCUCAUAUCCCAAAUAUGCUUUUAGCUUAAAAAAUUACUUUAUUACUAAUAUUAUACACACAUCAUACACACACACACUUACACAUAUACUUACACACACGCUAAUCAUCGUUUCUCUUUCGUUCGUUAUAUAAAAUACAUAUGUACCGUUUGUUUGUACAAAUCCUAGAGUUGUAUAAUUACAUUAUGUCCAUCUCAAAUAAAAUAAUUCAAAAAAGUUCUUUUAUCGAAUAGAGAUGCAAGCCUUUUUCUUUCAUUCUAAAACAAAUGGCUUCCA